UUUCACUUGUGCAGUCAAGCUAAACAUAACGUUUUACUUGUAACACUGGCAUGGGCUCUGUUUUCGUUUCGUGUUUCCUUUUCACUUUUGAGGUAUUUUGCCUCAAAUGAAAGCUGAAAGCUAAUGGCUGCCUCUAAUCACGAAACAGCUGAUGUGCGUUGUUUGAUUUUCAAUGAAAAUUUGUGUUUUGUUAAAUUAAGCGCAUAAAAUCACUUAGAUGAUACCUUAUUCGCAUUACUAUUUGUUGUGGAAAUCAGGAUGUCACUGACUAUACAGCAAAUAAUUUUGGAUGCAAAAAGACUCGCAGGUCGUCUCAAGGAACGUGAGACGGAGGCGGAUGCUUUGUUGACCGAGACUCAAGCGGCAUACAGACAAAUUCACACGAUGAAACAGUACAAAGAAGAAGUGGACACUCUGAAUGAAGCUUCCCGAGAGAGACCUAGAGGUGCUCUCAUUGCCAGCAUAGAACGAGAAUCACGUCUCAUGCGCGACGUCCAAAGAGAGAAUGGCGAGUUGCGGGCUGCAUUGGAAGACCACAGACGGGCCCUGGAGCUGAUCAUGUCUAAAUACAGACAGCAUACUGAAAAGAGAAUAUGGGAGUCGAGGAUAGAUUUCACUGCUGCUGUCAAUGACAAACAACAAGAGCUGAUCCGCCAACAAGCAGAAAGGAUCAAUGAGAUGACAAGUAUUAUGUACAAGGCGGUAAACUUGGAUGAAAAUGGAGAUGCCAGAAAAGAAGAGCAACUUUACCAAAGGCUUAUUACUGAGAACAAGGGCUUGAGAGAGAUGCUGGAUCUGUCAAGAAGGUAUGGGUCUGAUCGCCCCUUUGCACCACCAAUGGCGGACAAGGAUGUGCAGACGGAUGAUCCACCACAAACAGGGGCGUGACGAUCUGCGGUGGAUCCCUGCCGUCUUUGAAAUGGCGUCUCUGGCGACUGCAGGGGAAUGACACCGCCACUACAUUCGCAUAGGUAGACGACGCAACUCCUGUCGGCACAUCUGGUAUACUUUUCUACAACCGCGUCAGUACCCUCAUAGUUUUUAAUUCCUCUAGCCAAUGUAUUUUUAAACUCGAGAGGUCAGUGUUCAAUUCUCGUUUCCGUUUUGGAUGCAGCGCACUAUAGAGCGAUGCUCAGAGCAGAUGUGCAGACAGAGAGUACACAAUGCUGACAAAAUCACCGUUCCAGUAUACAACUUGUACUUUAUUGUUACUCACGCGUUUUGGAUCUAGGUCUUUUGACAUUAUGUAUGUUUCAUAUUCAACUCGAGCAGAAGUGUGGAAAUGACAAAAUACAGCGAAUAACUACACUGUAGAUAAUAAAUUUUAAUGUUUAAUUUCAUCUUUGGUUGUAUUUGAUGUUGAGUAUUGUAUGGGAAAAUGUUAAAUGUGGCAUUUCAGAUUAGGGCUCUUGUUGGCGUCUAUGUGAUGGUGAAAUGUAUCGUGUUCAAGCAUCAUCUGUAGUAAUGUGCUGUUGUGCGGAAUCAUUGACUUUUGCAAAAACUGUGAUCUUUAGUAUUUUGCUCUUAAGUUAUAUAAUGAUUCACGUGCAUACUAUCUUGAUGUAACUGCUUGUUUGAAUGUUUUAUUACCUAUCCAUUAAAAAUUCUGUAGUUAUUUAGUUAAAUAUAAGUAUGCAUUCAGUCCUUAAAUAUGUGUAGGAAAAUAAUAAGGAUACGUGAUUUGAGACCUCUUAGUUAAUUUUAUUUAGUAUAAAAAAAAAAAAAUUAAAUUCUUAAAAUUUCAAUUAAUGAUAAUACUCUGUAUCUACCACAAUAAUAAUAAUAAUUAUGUUGUAAAUUCUGGAGAAUUUAGCUAGUUUGACCUGAUCUUAGUUGCUCGAAUUUUACGUAUAGUUAGGUCUUAUAGUGUUUAUUUGUAAAUUCAGUACCGUUUGUAUUUUUGUAGACUUGAUAUAAAGUUUGCGAUAAUCAUAUUAUUGAUGUAGUGUGCACUGGUCGGUCACAGAUAGUGCUAGUCAGUACACAGGCAGGUUAUGUGCUGCAUUCGGUUUAAUUUACAAGUUUAUUUUUUUUCAUGUUGUUCAAUUGUAGUUAGAAAAUAUUCACAUUCAUUAUACAAUAAUAUAUUGUACUUCAUUUCAUGCGUUCUACUUGUUGUGCAUUGUUUCAUUGAACUGUUUACAGGAACACAGUACUUUCCAAGCAAAAUCAGCUUUGAGUGUUUAGUGUUAAAGUAGAAUGGAAAUAUAGAUUAUUCUUAGUAGUUGAAUACAUAAACUUGAACCAUGCCAGAGGCAUGCCAAGCGUUAUUGAGCUGUUAAAAUAGAAAAACUGUUAUUGUUAAAUUAUAGCGUCUUGUUUUCUGGAUAUUGUCUUAUUUUUUGUGUAAUUCUGGCACCUAUUAUAUGCAAUAGACUCAGGAUAAUACAAUUACUGUAUUGGUAGAAGCAAUAACUAAUAUUAUAGUAAUUUGUCUAAGGAAUUUUAGUUUAUAGCCACAGCAAAUAUGAUACAGGUCUGUUUAACUUGUUGUGUACUAAGAUGAGUGACGAACCAAAGCUGACGAUUUUUAUGUAAUAAAUAAUAUUCAAUUUCUAUUUAAAAAUAUGUUUAUAUUAGGAAUCAGAUCAAAGAAUGUAAGAUUGGAUUUGGCAUACUUUAUAAUAAUAGGUAGUCUCCUUUUGUCUUGUUAUAAUAAAUAGACUGUCUCAGUUGAACAUUUUGAAAUUUUACUUCAUUUCUUAAUUAUAACAUAGUAUCAAAUUGAAAAGGGGUUUUUGAAUACUUGUUUUGUAUAAAAAGUAGUUUGGACAUAGUUGGAUGCCAUUUGCACAAAUGAAAUGAAACAUUUGCAGUGAAGGAGUGUAAUAUAGAUGUUUUCAUAUGAUCUUUUAGUACCUAUCUAGUUUAUUAGAAAAAUGUAAUUAUAAUAAGUAACAUAGUUAUGACAAAUAAGUAACCCAAAUUUAAAAGUAUGUCAAGAAUCUUUGUUGAAAAGCUACUAUUUUUACAGUUAGUUAAUAUGUUAAAAUAUAUUUUCAUUAUGCUCCUCGUAGUUUGUUCAUGUAUAAAGUAUAAGAAAUCCCUCAUGCUUGUGUGAGGUCUUAAAUCUAUAUAUUUAAUAAUUCAAUGAAAAUUACAUUAGAGUAAAAUUGCUACCUACUUUAGUCUACUUGCAUUUAUAUUAUUAUGCCUCAAGUUAUUAGUCUGAAGGAUUAUUCCUGUAUAAAAUUGUCAUGUGAAUUGCAGUAAAAUACAAUAGGGAAGAACAUUACACAGGUUAAUAUUUAAUAGAAACUUUCUGAAACUUAAAAGUAACUAUUUGAUGAAUAUUAUGCAAACCAGGUCCAAUUUGAAAACAUUUUGAAACAUAAAAAUUGUAAGUACACCAAUGAAAUUGGUAAAAAAUUAUGAUGUUAACACAUGUACCCAAUGUAGACUUAUAUUGAAAGCAAUCAUAUAUAGAAAAACUAGUUUUUUCUGCUGUAGACGGACACUGUAGAGGAAAAAUUAUAUAUGUAUGUUUAAAAGUAUGUAAUUGAUGAAUAUACAAUCAGUACUAAA